AUGCCUGCUAUAGUGGAAUUGAGUAGUUCGGUGGAAGGGGCAGACAUCGGAAUCAUUUCGCUCGAUCAUUCGGAAGAAAUAUUAGAGAAGCAAGGGCUAUGGAUACGAGAAGCGACCAGUGAAUUUCAGGCAUUUUAUUUCAGCUGUUUGAUGCUGACAGUGAGCGGCAUUGCUCAGUUCAUGUUCCUUGCAUUCCAAUCCCUCCUUGUUGGCUUCAAGCGGAAAAUUCUCGACGCUAGCCUUGGAUUUGCCGCCGGAGUGAUGCUUGCGGCGACGUUUUGGUCGCUUCUUCAACCUGCCCUUGAUUACAUUGAAAAUGAAAAAUCAGUCUUGCGAAGGACUGAACCUGAAGGGAAGCUCGAGAAAAUAUCGUCUAUUUUGCCUGUUGCAUUCGGAUUCUUUUUUGGGAGUCUGUUUGUUUUCUUUGCUGACGUCUUCCUGUCUAAGAUGGACGCCAAAUCUGCUGCAUUGCAACUUGCCAUGGGUGGAACGAAGAAGCGAGAUCGAAACGAUGAACCCUUGCCAAAGUCUGUGUUCAGAGACGAACUGGCUGCAGUAGGGAGUUACGGAUCUGCUGGCGAGUUGAGCCAGCGACGGCGAGCGAAGAACCACCCGUUGUUGCGUGCGGAAAGCGGGGAGCUGGACAUGAGCGACGGCGAUUUGCAGCCAGAGACGGACUCCGUCCCUCAGCACGGCGUGAGCUGGCGUCGCGUCAUGCUGCUCAUCGUGGCCAUCACCAUUCACAACAUCCCAGAGGGUCUUGCUGUUGGGGUGACGUUUGCUGCGGUGAACAAAACUGCGUCAGCUACGUUUGAAAAUGCUCGCCCCGCGGAUGGAGUUCGAGCGGAAGAGAAGUUGGAUAGCGGAUUAGCAUUGGGUUGCGUGGAGGCUUUUUAG